GGCGGAGGGAGCGAAGGAGUACAGCGCGGCCCGCCGUGCGGGCGGCCUCUCCCUGGAUUCUGGCUCGGACGGGCGCGGCGGUGCGGGACUCGCUCCUCUGGACCCUGCGGAAAGAAAUGCUGAAUUUUAUACUCAACAAAAAAGAUAUAUGGAUUUCGAGCAGCUAAAGAACUAAUACAGGUUAUCUAGAUGUCUUCAAAAAGAGGAAAACCCAAAACUAAGAAGCAGUGUCCAUCACGGCACAGCAGUGGUGGCAGCAACUUUACCUUCUCCUUCAUCUACCGACGAAGAAGAUGAAAGGGUUUUGAGUUUUGGACAUUUGUCGAAGGUGGUUUUAGUGCUAGUUUGUUCUGUUCUACAUCUGCUUCACUGAAUUGUGAUUAAAGUGAAUAUUCCUGAGAGGACUACUAUCAGAGAGAAAUCUUUAUAUUUUUCUUCUGAGAACUUCCACUGUUGAAAUAAUUUUAUAUUUUGGGCCACAGUCAUGUGGUCAUCACAGUUGCUGCUGUUCUUCACAAUUCUCUUGGUAUCUACAGUCCAUGCUUUUAGUCGUGCUCCCGUUCCUAUGGCAGUGGUCCGGAGGGAACUCUCUUGUGAAAGCUACCCAAUAGAACUACGUUGCCCAGGAACAGAUGUUAUCAUGAUUGAAAGUGCCAACUAUGGCAGGACAGAUGAUAAAAUCUGUGACUCAGAUCCUGCUCAGAUGGAGAAUAUACGCUGUUAUCUGCCAGAUGCUUAUAAGAUUAUGACUCAAAGGUGUAGCAACCGGACCCAAUGUGCAGUGGUUGCCGGCCCAGAUGUGUUUCCUGACCCUUGUCCAGGAACAUACAAGUACUUGGAAGUGCAAUAUGAAUGUGUCCCUUACAAAGUGGAACAAAAAGUUUUUCUUUGCCCUGGACUACUAAAAGGAGUAUACCAGAGUGAACAUUUAUUUGAAUCUGAUCACCAGUCAGGAGCCUGGUGUAAGGAUCCACUGCAGGCUUCCGAUAAGAUUUACUACAUGCCAUGGACACCUUACAGAACUGACACUCUGACAGAAUAUUCUUCCAAAGAUGAUUUCAUUGCUGGAAGGCCAACUACAACUUACAAGCUCCCACACAGAGUGGAUGGCACAGGGUUUGUGGUGUACGAUGGGGCUUUAUUCUUCAACAAAGAAAGAACAAGGAACAUUGUCAAAUUUGAUCUACGGACAAGAAUAAAAAGUGGGGAAGCUAUCAUUGCUAAUGCCAACUAUCACGAUACAUCCCCUUAUAGAUGGGGAGGCAAAUCUGAUAUAGACCUGGCUGUUGAUGAGAACGGUCUUUGGGUGAUCUAUGCAACAGAACAAAAUAAUGGUAAAAUAGUCAUAAGUCAGCUAAACCCUUAUACCUUGAGGAUUGAAGGGACAUGGGAUACAUCCUAUGAUAAAAGGUCAGCUUCCAAUGCAUUCAUGAUCUGUGGCAUUUUAUAUGUAGUUAAAUCUGUGUAUGAAGACGAUGAUAAUGAAGCUACAGGAAAUAAAAUUGACUAUAUAUACAACACUGAACAAAGCAAGGAAAGUGUAGUGGAUGUUCCAUUUCCAAACUCAUAUCAGUAUAUUGCUGCAGUGGAUUAUAAUCCAAGGGAUAACCUUCUUUAUGUAUGGAACAACUACCAUGUGGUUAAAUAUUCAUUGGAUUUUGGACCAAUGGACAGCAGAACGGGGCAAGUACAUCAUGGUCAAGUAUCCUAUCUUGUUCCUCCAAUUCAUCUAGACUCAGAUCAUGAAAAACAAUCAUUUAAGGCAUCAACAGCUGGAGGAAUAGGCCUGGGUGGUACUACCACAGGCACAACAAACAGAGCUAUUACAAGCAGUACUGUACACACAACCACUGCAUCAGCCUUGGGUAGAAGGAACAGAAGCACAACUACACUUUCUCCAGCUUUGGAUAGUCCGAAUGAAAUGACAACACAUCUGCCACCUGCCUCUUCCCAGUUGCCUGCAGUUGGUGCAGAGAGUUGUGAAACUGUGGAAGCUCGUGAGAUCAUGUGGUUCAAGACCCGACAAGGACAGAUGGCUAAGCAGCCAUGCCCAAAAGGCACUGUAGGUGUUUCAACGUUCCUUUGCAUUGCUCCUGGUGGAAAUUGGGAUCCUCAAGGGCCAGACCUCAGCAAUUGUUCCUCACUUUGGGUCAACCACAUCACUCAGAAGUUGAAAUCAGGAGAGACAGCUGCCAAUGUUGCUAGAGAACUUGCUGAACAAACAAAAAGCCACUUGCAUGCAGGGGAUAUCACUUACUCAGUUCGUGCCAUGGACCAGUUGGUGGGGUUAUUGGAUGUGCAGCUUCGAAACCUGACACCUGGUGGAAAAGACAGUGCAGCACGAAGUUUAAACAAGCUUCAGAAACGGGAACGUUCCUGUAGAGCCUAUGUCCAGGCCAUGGUUGAAACGGUUAAUAACCUCCUGCAGCCACAAGCUCUAAAUGCAUGGAGGGACCUUCCUGCACGUGAUCAGCUGCGGGCAGCCACCAUGUUACUGGACACUGUGGAAGAAAGUGCCUUUGUGCUUGCAGAUAACCUCCUUAAGACUGAUAUUGUGAGGGAGAGCACAGACAACAUCCAGCUGGAAGUUGCAAGGCUAAGCACAGAUGGAAACCUGGAAGAUCUUAAAUUUCCACAGAAUACUGGCUUUGGCAGCACCAUCCAGCUGUCAGCAAACACACUGAAGCAGAACGGUCGAAAUGGUGAAAUCAGAGUGGCCUUUGUCCUAUACAACAAUCUGGGCCCUUAUCUGUCCACAGAGAAUGCCAGCAUGAAAUUAGGGAUGGAAGCCAUGUCUACUAAUCAUUCUGUCAUAGUGAAUUCUCCCAUCAUCACAGCAGCAAUUAAUAAAGAGUUCAGCAAUAAGGUUUACUUGGCUGACCCUGUUGUGUUCACUGUCAGACACAUCAAGCAGUCAGAAGAAAAUUUCAACCCUAACUGUUCAUUCUGGAGUUAUUCUAAACGCACAAUGACAGGAUACUGGUCAACUCAAGGUUGUCGGCUCCUCACAACAAACAAGACACACACAACAUGUUCCUGUAAUCACUUAACCAACUUUGCUGUUCUGAUGGCCCAUGUGGAAGUGAAGCAUGGAGAUGCAGUCCAUGAUCUGAUCCUGGAUGUCAUCACUUGGGUCGGCAUUCUUCUGUCCCUUGUCUGUCUCCUGAUCUGCAUUUUUACUUUCUGCUUCUUCCGUGGACUACAAAGUGACAGAAACACUAUCCAUAAGAACUUGUGCAUCAGCUUGUUUGUGGCAGAACUUCUCUUCCUUAUUGGAAUCAAUAGGGCAGACCAACCAAUAGCCUGUGCUGUGUUUGCUGCUCUCCUACAUUUCUUCUUCCUCUCUGCUUUCACUUGGAUGUUUUUGGAAGGAGUACAGCUCUACAUAAUGUUGGUGGAAGUCUUCGAGAGCGAACAUUCACGUAGAAAAUACUUCUAUUUGGUUGGCUAUGGCAUGCCUGCUGUAAUUGUAGCUGUUUCGGCAGUAGUAGACUACAAAAGUUAUGGCACUGGAAAAGUAUGUUGGCUUCGACUUGACACCUAUUUCAUUUGGAGUUUUAUAGGACCGGCAACUUUGAUCAUUAUGCUUAAUGUAAUCUUCCUUGGAAUUGCCCUUUAUAAAAUGUUUCAUCAUACUGCCAUUCUGAAACCUGAAUCAGGGUGUCUCGACAAUAUCAACUUUGAGGAUAACAGACCCUUCAUCAAGUCAUGGGUUAUAGGUGCAAUAGCUCUGCUCUGCCUAUUGGGACUCACCUGGGCCUUUGGACUUAUGUAUAUUAAUGAAAGCACGGUGAUCAUGGCGUAUCUCUUCACCAUUUUCAAUUCUCUGCAGGGAAUGUUUAUAUUCAUUUUCCAUUGUGUUCUCCAAAAAAAGGUACGUAAAGAAUAUGGGAAAUGUCUGCGUACACAUUGUUGUAGUGGGAAAAGUACAGAGAACUCCAUCGGCUCAGGAAAAACUUCUGGGUCACGAACUCCUGGACGGUACUCCACAGGAUCACAGAGCCGAAUUCGCAGGAUGUGGAAUGACACAGUUCGAAAGCAAUCAGAAUCCUCCUUCAUCACUGGUGAUAUAAACAGUUCAGCAUCACUUAACAGAGGGUAUUAUUUAUCCCACCCAGUUUUGUGUCAGCUGCAAAUUUGAUAAGCAUUCUUCCAUCUCUUCAUUCAAGUCAUUAAUGAAACUGUUGACGAUAGAGGACCCAGGAUUGAUCCUUGUGGCACCCCACUUGAUACCUCUCUCCAAUUUGAUGAGGAACCACUGAUGAACACUAUUUGAGUAUGAUUUUCAAGCCAGCUGUGGAUCCAUGUAAUAGACAUGCUAUCCAAUCCAUACUUAACUAGCUUCCUAAUCAGGCUUCCUGAGAUUAACAUAUUUAAUGUCAACUGAAUCCCCAAAUCUACUAAAGAAAUUUUCCAUUCAGAAAAUAAGGAAUUCUUCUUGACAAUUCCAUGUUGACUUCUGGCAAUUUCUGUGUUAUUCUCAAGCUGCUUACCAAUCAGUCUCUUUAUGGUCUUCUCUAAAAAAUUUCCCAGCUACAGUGUCAGAUUGAUUGGUUCUGUGUUGCUAGAUCCUGCUUUUUCUCCUUUUUGAUAAGGACUGCAAUUGCUCUUCUCAGUCAUCUGACAUCUCAUCCAAUCUCUGAGAUAUUGAAGAUCAGACAUUAAGGAUCAGCCAGACCAUCAGCAAAGUCCUACUGUACUCUAGAAAGCAAUACACCUAUCCCUCAUUCAAAGAAUUCCUUGACAAUCUUCUAUCACUUUCAAGUUUCAUUUCUGCCCCUUCAUGUUCCUCUUCAUGUUCCAAUUGCCUUGUUGCAUUUUAGCAUUUUGUCAUCUUCAUUAAACAGCUGGAAUACUAUGAUUUUGCCUUCUUUUUUAUUGACAUAAUUAAAUAGUUUCUGUUCUGUUUGGCAUUAUGUACCAACUUCACUUCCUGUGAGUUUAGUUUUUCUGAUGCCAUCUCUACAGUUUAUGUACAUGUAUCCUUUCUUGGUGAUCUAUCCCUCUAUCUCCCAUCUGUGUUCUUUUUUAUCUUCAGAUCUUCAGUAAAUUUUUGUGCAGCCACGUUGACUUCUUAUGCUGUCCUUCCUAUUUCAAAAUUGUUUGCAAUUUUGUUUUUAGUAUAUACUUUUUUUAAAAAAAGCCUUCAUCUUCUCCUGCUAUAUAAUCCUAUUUAUCUUGUUCUGACUUUAUUAAACUAUGUUUUGAGAUUUUGCAAAAUAUAUUUUUGACUACACUCAGCCUGUACUUUCCCUUUUUGUUUCUGUUUCUUUUGAAUAAAUAAUAUUCUUCACUUGCAAUAUUUGAAUCAUGAGAGACAUCCUACCAGAUCUCUGUUAUGUCUAUUAAAUCUAUGCCUUCUUAAGUUAAGAAUUUUAACAUUAGUAUGAAUAUCGCAAAAGCUGUAAAUUUUAUGAGUCAGUGUUGUUUCAGAUUUUGCACUGAAUGUUUAAUAAGAUCCAUUGUAAUAAUAUAACCUCUUCUCCAGUGCACAAGUCCUUAUUGUAGGAUUUUCAUCUUUAGGUUGUACACAUUUCAGUAAGUCCUGCUAAUCAAGUUUGCCACAUUUUGAGCAAAGAUAGUUUUAGAAGUCCUUCUGAAAUGCAACCCAUUUCAUGUCAGGUAGCACAAACAAGGAUCAAAGAAACCAAAUCCCUCCCACUGAGUUUUUGGGAUGUGUAGGCGCAUGCUUGCAGGGCCCUCUCCUAGUUUCUUGGUAGGAGGGCUGCCCCCACAGCCACAUUGCUGGAUGACAAAAGGAGCAUUGGGUCUGGGUGCUUUAGAAUCAGCUCGGCCGCAAACAGGCAUUUAAGUUUCUCAAAUGUCGCUUGACAUUCCAUUGUCCAUUGGAGUGACUGGCUGGGCUUAGGCAUCCCCCCCCUUUUGUUUUUAGCAAGUUUGUGAUGGGGAAGGCAAUUUGUGCAGUUGCUGGGGGUCUCCAUUAAACUGUACACCGGGGGGGUGUCUUGCAGGCUAUCCUUCACCCCAGGGAUGGUCCUGCAGGUGCUCCCUGCCAGGCAGCCAUCCCUGGCACUGGAGUGGUAGCAGCCACCACCAUUGAGCUGGCUGAGGUUCCAGUUGUCGUAGCAAGGAUGGAGACUCCAUCGUCAGCUGUGGUAGGGGGUGGAUGCGCAUCAGGUUGCCACCUUUGAGUCAGGGUUUCGUGCACUUUGAGGUUCUCAAAGCCCCCUGCAUGAACUUUAUGGCUUGUUCCAUCAUCCAGUCCAUCCAGUUGCUUUCUCCGCACCCAUCAUCACUCUCUUUCUCCAACCCUUUCAACUGGGCUUGCUUUCCACAUUGGUGGCUGCCCCUGCCCUCAUGGGUGAAUGUCACCCCCUGAGGUUUCUCUUCUCACUCCUCUUUUCUUCCAACCCCUAGGGACCAUCAGGGUCUCAGUGGGUCGUCUUUCCCCACUGUCUGACUGGUACAAACAGAUCCAGUCCUCCCAGAGGGGGUCUCAUAGAUACCUCUCCCUAGGUUUCAAUUUCUUCUUGGUCAGUCCCUCAAGUCAACAUUGUAUGCACAGUCCCCACAGUAGAGGUAAUAUCCUCUCCGGGUUGACCAAAAUUGCAGUUUCUGCCUAAUGUCAUACCUUUCCCCAUACAAACAUUUAUGAAAGCAGACUCUCAACUCCAAUUGAUUGAAGUGGAAAAAAAACUUUUACUAAAGAUGUUGGUUGCAGGAAAGUGAGGCAGACACUGAAGUUCCCGCACAUUGAUACAAAGAGCCAAACCCAACGUUCCCCAUUCCUCUCCCAAUGUCUGAUCUGUUAUAACCCAAUCUGGGAUCGCUGCAGUGUUGUGGGAAACUCUGGGUUAUUUAGGCUGCUGGAAUUUAACACCUAAAGCAAGUAAGUAGCCUUGAUGAUCCCUGGUAUAAGCGGUACAAACAGCUCUGGUCUUCCUCACAUGUCAGCUCCCCCUCCCCAUUUCCCAAUUUUAGAUACACAAGUAUGGAUUGCCCCAAAUACCUCCCUUCCCCUUUGAUGGCAAGACGCAGCAAGGCACCAAGCCAACGAUGGCGACCCUAACAAUGUGCAUAUUCAGUUAUUCACCUACAUUCUUCUUUUUUCCUUUUAUACUCUUGUAUAACUUUAUAGUGGUCAUGUGAUAAAAAACCAUACAAUAGCAUAAAAGCAUAAAAAUGCUUACAUAAUUAUAAAAUCCUGAAAUUAAGACAAUUAUUUUUCUGCAGAAAGCAAUGGCAAAAAAAGCAAAUAAAAUAAUACUUAGACCAGGUGGAACUUCAUUAGCAAAUAGAGUUCAAGUUGCUAUAGAAAGGGGAUUGAAGUAUAUGUAGGCAAAUUUGCAUUGCCAAAGAAUACUGCAAAAUGGCUGAAAACAAGACAUUAAAGUGGACCCCAAAUCAGAAUUCUAUGUAUGUUAGAAAGGUAAUACUGAAUAGGUAAUUUGCUGGCCUGAAAAAUUUCCUGUUUUCACCACUUGAGCUUCCAAAUUCCUGAGCUUCUUCUCCAGAUUUUCAAAUAUCAUAGUAAUAUGGUUGUAACUGUUCUUUGCAGAAUCAUUGUCCUCAUGGUAUAGAAAAAAAAGAAUAAUUGAUAGUGGACUUGAUAAGACUUGAGCUUGAUAAAAAUGAUAGACCUGGGAAAUGGAUGAAGAGCCAGAUAAUUGGAAGAGGGCAAACUUUUCCAUCUUCAAAAAAAAAGAGAAUAGUAAAAUGCCAGGAAUUAAGAUUACUCAUCUAACAUUUGCAGACAGGUCUGCUUAUCAGAAUUGCCAACAAAGAAAACCUGGGUGGGAUAGCUAAUACCUGGAAGGCAAUCUUUCCAAAUGCUCUUGAGGAAUUGGCUGAAAAUAACAUUUAGCAAAGACAAAUGCAGCAUUAAGCAGUUCAUACAUUUUCUAGGAACUGUUUCUGUCAAACUCCAACUAAAAUCCUGCUUCUGCAACCUACAAUUCACAAUUGCCUGAGGGAAAAUAUAACUUCUUAUUAAAUAAGAGUCAAUAAAAAUAAAAGUAGAGUAAUUCUGACCUUUCUUUUAAUUGUUUGCUAUUUGACAUCUUCUGGUACACUGCUACUGGUACACUGUUUCUUUUCAUGUUUUAUUUGGAACAUGUCAAAAUAGGCCAUUUUUGUUGCUGUUAGCAUCUCUCAGUAACCUUAGCAGAUUUUGUGCAUUUCAUUUCCCAAUACAAGCUCAGUAAUUGCUGUAAUUCUUUAAUUUCAGACAUUCUUCUUAGUUCACAAGUUCCUGUUUUCAUCUCCAGUAUGGAUCUGAGUUGAUUUUCAGCUUUUCAACUUAGUCAGCUGACUUCCUUCUUUCCCUUCUUGAAACAAUAUGUUAUGAUUGCUGUAAGUCUCUAUCCGUGUAGUUUUCCUUGCAAGAGUAUAGUCACAAUCCUCUAUAGAUAUGGUUUCUUCCCUGAUUGUGCAGUGAGGCCUACAACCCCUGGAUUUCCGCUGUUCUCCCACCAAAUACUAACCAAGCUUGACCUGGCUUAAUUUUUUAAAAACUAGUUAGCUAGGAACUGCCACUUGCUGUUUUUGUUUAUUUGUUUAAUUUGUUAAUUUGUUUUAUUUUCUUAAAAUUCAAAGUAGGCGUUUGAUUUAUUUUCUUAAAAUUCAAAGUAGGCGUUUGAUCACCUUUUAUUUCCUGUAAAAUCAAGCACUCUGCCAUUACAUGAUGCCCUUUCCCACUCUAAGAAGUCUUCUUUCUGAAUCGGAUCAAGGAUAUCUGAUCCUUUGUUUCUUUCUUUGUCAGCAAGGGAAGUCCAAGAUUUCCCAAAGUUAAAAUAUUUGGUCAAUUUUGUCUUCAACAAAUUCAAGUUAAAUAAAGUCCACUACCAUUACUAUUCAUUUAUUUUUCUUUCAAAUAACUGCAGUUACAUCCCCUAACUAUCAUCAUUGUCUUUCUUUAUUCUUAGUCCUGUUUAAAUCCUUUUCAAGAUGUCCAGGAUUAGAAACAAUGAAUGAAAUGUGGUUUGCCCAGCAAGACUGUAGUGAUAAUAAUUUGGAGAAGGAAGAGAGAGAGUCUAAAAAAAAGUGCUUGCCUUUUUUAAUAGCUAUAUCUCUAUAUUCCAGGAUUUUUCUCCCACAAAUACUCUUGCCACACUAAACCUCUCUUCAAGUUUAACACUGGUGCCAUUCUUUUUCACUAAUGCCUUGGAUGAAAAAGUGGAGGAAACCCUUAUCAAAAAUGAUGUUAAUACAAAACUGGGUAGAAUAGCUAAUACUAAAGGAAAUAGAAACAAAAAAAUAUUUUGAUAGAUUAGAGAAAUGAACCAGAAAUAAUAGAAUGAAUUGUUUUAAAAGGCAAAAGCAAAGAUCUUCACUUAAAAAAGAAAAGCUAGAAGAGAAGAGAAGA